AUGUCGACAACGAGGGGAUUGGAGGGGGAGCUCAAAACACAGGGUGCCGUGGAAGCAGCACAAAAUCCUGAUAGCUCGGUAACAGCAGCAGAUGCGGAAGCAAAGAUUGUCAAUGAGGGUAAGAAAGCAGGCGUUCCAGCUUUCCAUUUCGACCCAGAUGCGAGUCCAGAGGAGAAGGCAGCACAAGCUAGGGCUCAUGUACCAGAAGGGUUUCACCACGAACGCAAGUCAAAAGGUGUCGCAAUCGCGACAGAUAUGGACGAUGGUGCGCCAGCAGCUUACGACCUACCGCCCCCCUCUACUGCUGGAGCUCUUGCACCUCCUGUAAAAGAAAGCAAACAAUCAGACCAGCCAGUAGCAAACGGAUAUGUCGAUGAAGAUGAAGAUGCCCGUUGGAUUGAGAGAGCUGGCUGGGCUCCAAGAUUUGGCUCUGGAGAAUCUGGCGAUCUUAUGGAAGGUGAAAGUCUUUUGGAUCACCAAACCUGGAUAGAAGGCAAAAUUGAAGAUAAAUUUUAUGGAGAAUGGAUGAACAGCUUCAUGGUCAAGUUUUGGCCAAUCUUCCAACCAGUAUUGGCCGAGACAGUUAUUAAUUCUGUUGACCAAGUAUUAAGUACAGCAACCCCAGCGUUCUUGGACAGUCUUCGCAUGAAGACUUUUACUUUAGGCACCAAGCCACCUCGACUGGAACACGUCAAGACAUACCCCAAGGCAGAGGACGAUAUAGUACUUAUGGAUUGGAAGUUCAGUUUCACGCCAAAUGAUCAUGCAGACAUGACUGCUCGCCAAAUCAAGAAUAAGGUCAACCCAAAAGUUGUCCUUGAAAUCAGGAUUGGAAAGGCAAUGAUCAGUAAGGGUUUAGAUGUUAUCGUGGAGGACAUGGCUUUCUCAGGUCUCAUGCGAGUUAAGAUCAAGCUUCAGAUUCCGUUUCCUCACGUAGAGAAGAUCGAAAUAUCAUUCCUGGAGAAACCUACAAUCGACUAUGUAUGUAAACCUCUUGGAGGUGAAACUCUUGGUUUUGACAUUAAUUUCAUUCCUGGUCUUGAGACUUUCAUUUUGGAGCAGAUUCAUGCGAAUAUUGGGCCCAUAAUGUAUGCGCCAAAUGUAUUCCCAAUUGAAGUUGCAAAAAUGUUGUCUGGGUCUGCUGUUGAUCAGGCUAUCGGUGUACUGGCUGUCACUCUCCACGGAGCUCAGGGCCUCAAGAAUCCCGACAAGUUUGCUGGUACGCCUGAUCCUUAUACUGUCCUGUCAAUCAACCACGGCGCUCCUCUAGCACAAACCAAGAUCGUUAAGGAAAGCGCAAAUCCUAAAUGGGGUGAAACGAAAUACGUGAUCCUUACUUCUUUUACCGAGAGUCUCACUAUGGCUAUAUUUGAUUACAAUGAAUAUCGAAAGGAUAAAGAACUCGGUACUGCCACUUUCCCAUUGGAACGGGUGCAAGAGGUCACAGAAUAUGAGAACGAACAGCUUGAAGUAAUGGCAAACGGCAAGCCACGCGGUUUACUAUCUGCCGAUUUACGAUUCUUUCCCGUUCUGGAAGGGCGCACUCUUCCAGAUGGUACUACUGAGCCACCUCCUGAGUCUAAUACAGGUAUUGCUCGUUUCUGUGUCGAACAAGCUAAAGAUCUUGAUGGUACCAAGAGUCUUAUUGGUCAGCUCAGCCCUUAUGCUGUACUUUUACUAAACAAUAAGGAGAUUCAUGUUACACGGAAAUUAAAGAGGACGAACAAUCCUAUCUGGGAUAAUGGAUCUAAGGAGCUUCUCAUCACCGAUAGGAAGACUGCUACUUUCGGCCUUGUCAUUAAGGAUGAGCGAGAACUUGGCAGUGAUCCUAUUCUUGGUACAUAUCAGAUCAAGCUCAACGACAUGCUGAACUUAAUGGAGAAGGGCCAAGAGUGGUACACACUUGCUGGAGCGAAUACUGGUAGAGCUAAGUUGACGCUUCAAUGGAAGCCAAUCGCACUUCAAGGUGUGGGCGCAGGCACUGGCGGUUAUGUCACACCUAUUGGUGUCAUGAGAUUUCAUUUUAAGAAUGCGCGGGAUCUCCGAAAUCUCGAAACCCUCGGUAAAUCCGAUCCUUACGUCAGGGUUCUCUUAUCUGGAAUAGAGAAGGCUCGAACAGUUACAUUCCAGAAUAAUCUCAACCCAGAUUUCGACGAAGUUGUAUAUGUGCCCGUCCACAGUGUUAGGGAGAAGUUGACUUUGGAGGUUAUGGAUCAAGAGACCAUCAACAGUGAUCGUACCUUGGGAUCUGUUGAAGUGCUAGCCUCCGACUAUAUUCAACAGCUUGAAAACGGAGAAUACGUCGUACAUGAUGAAAAAACUCCACAGGCCAGUGGACUGCGCGUGCACGGGAAAGGACACCCGAAAGGAAUACUCAAUUAUACUGUAGCAUUCUACCCAUGUUUGAAUAUCGCAGAUCCCGAAGAUGAGGAAGCAGCUAAAGAGGAGGCGGCCGCCAAAAAUUCUUCUCAGAGAGGUCGCAUAACUGGUAUGGAAAACGGCACAAAGGAUGGUGUAGAGAAUGGGGAUGGCUCAGAAAAGCCUAGCCGGUCUUCAAGCGAGUCAGCAAUGGCUGCAAAGCUCGCUGAGGGUGCACAAGAGCAAGAAGAAACCCCGAAAGAAAAGCAGCUUCCAAAGAUUCAUCUCACGCCCGAAGAAUUACUCAAAUACGAAUCUGGUCUCAUUAUCUUCAAGAUUAUUGAUUGCGAGCUGACCCGAAGCCACGUUCAUGUCGAAGUUGUCGUUGAUGAUAUGGCUUUCCCGUCAUAUUCAUCCUCCACCAUAAAAUCGAAGAAAAUGACACUGGAUGAGAUUGGCGAUUGUUUUGUCCGUGAACUCGACUUCUCCAAGAUCACCAUACGCCUCCGAGAAAAGCAGAGCAAGGGAGAUGAGAAGAAAGACCCAACUAUUGCCCGUUUGAGUGGAGAGACACUAGCUACUUUGAAACAAUGCCUCAAUAAUCCCACCAUACUCAAGCUUCGAGACGAAGAAGGCCAUACUAGUAAUAUCAAGGUCUCACUUAAGUAUAUCCCUGUCAAGAUGGAACUGGACCCGAGCGAGAGUAUCAACAAUAUGGGUAAACUUCGAGUAGAUGUUCUGGAUGCUACUGAUCUUCCAUCUGCGGACCGCAAUGGAUACUCUGAUCCAUAUUGCAAGUUUGAAUUCAAUGGCAACUCAGUAUUCAAGACUAAAGUUCAGAAGAAGACUUUACAGCCAGCGUGGAAUGAAUUCUUUGAGCUCGAUGUACCCUCAAGGACUGCGGCGCAUUUUAUUGUUAAUGUAAUGGAUUGGGACUUCGGUGACAAGGCCGACUUCCUUGGCAAGGCUGAAAUUAACCUGAACCUUUUGGAACCAUUCAAGGCAAAGGAAAUGAACUUGACUUUGGAAGGCAAAUCAGGGUCCAUCCGUCUACGCUUGCUCUUCCGCCCAGAUUACGUGACCAGGUCGAGGCAAGGAAGCUCGACAUUUUCUGGUACAUUUGCCACACCAGGCAAAAUCGUCACUGGAGUCGCAGGAGCUCCCAUCAAAGGUGUUGGCUUUGCCGCACAUGGUGUUGGUAUGGGUGUUGGCUUCGCGGCGCAUGGUGUUGGCAAAGGAGCGUCGUUCAUUCGACAUGGCUUCAAAAGCAAGAAGAAGGACGAAGAAGAAGUUUACGGUGGCAGCAUUAAUUCCGAGUUGGAGAGUGAUGUUUCCGUGACGAAUGGUACUGCGGGUUCAAGGCGUGGAAGUACUCUUCAAGGCUCAGGGCCAUCAAUUCCAGAGAUUAUGCCUCCAGCCACUCCUCCAGAGCCGCAUCAUGGACGAACAAAGUCCUUCGGAGCGGCCUCGGGGCACUCUGGUAUGUUUGGUUCUCCCGGUGGCGGUCCUAUGGGUAUUGCAAACUUCACAAUUGUGUCUGCAACCGGAUUUCCACCUUCUUCAAGCGUUAUGGUUUAUGUUAAAACGCUUGGUUCCAAGUCUAAAGUCAUCCACAAGACUGAUCAUAUCAAAUCACCUAAUGGUACCGUGAUCUUCAAUGAGAAGAAAGAAAGCUUCAAAUGCACCACUUCCGCAGAUGCGACCUUCCAAGUCUCAGUCAAGGCACACAACACUUUCGGCUCGGACGAUGAUCUCGGGGAGGGAGUUCUGGUGGUCGAUGAAACUGGCACAAUGCAAGAGAAGCAAAUACGCUGCGGAGCAGGUCAAAUCACAGUAAAAUCUAAUUUUAUCAUGAGCUCUACCGAAAAUGGGUCGGAAAGUCCAAGGACUCGUUCAGGUUUCGGAAGAAGUCUGCUCAGCAAGAAAGAAACUGGUCGAACCAGCAGAGAUAUCACACCAGUUGGCACACAUACUUCUUGA